CACGCCGCGAUUCCAAACUCCGAAAGCCGGUCGGGUCCCCUUUUAAAAGCCCGUGCGCUGGACACCCCGCUCUCAUCAUCAGACGAUAGCAAGUCCACAUCCAAGUCCUGAUUCUCCUCCUCCCAACUCGAUCGAGCCAGCGAAAAAUUCGAUCCCCGAUCCUUUUUACCCGCAGCUAGCGACGAUGUUCCUCGUGGGGGUGGUGGCGGAGCUGCUGGAGGACUACACGGCGCUGGUGGCGCGGGUGCUGGAGCAGCUGCUCAACGACGCGCCCUUCCCCCGCCCGAUGCGCACCCUCAUGCUGCGGAGCCUCCCCUUCGCCGCGCCGCCGCCGCCUCCGCCCCCGCCGCCGCACGCGCUCCGCGUCACGGCCGCCCGAGGUUGAUCGAGCCCCGUUGUCGUGCCCAUGCUCCAAUUGUGCUAGCUGAUCUGAUACGGAGUAUGUCAAUUCAGAGUAUCAGACUCUGUUUCUCCUGUGUUUCGCUUCGUUUUGUUGAUUCGUUUGGUGUACGGUUACUGUAAAUAUAUUUUUUGUGAGAUUAAGAGAUU